CGCUUUAAGGAACUUCCGGUAGUGUCCCGCCGUGCUCCGCGCGGCCGGUGACAGGAAGCAGUAGGAUGUCUGGUUGGGAUCGGGAAGGUUCGAGGUCCGGCUCCGGCUCUGGCUCCGGGUCUGGAGACGGGCGGAUCUAUGUCGGUAAUCUACCUGCAGAUAUAAGGGAGAAGGAGCUGGAGGACCUCUUUCAUCGCUAUGGCCGGAUCCGGAGCAUCGAAUUGAAGAACCGUGGCGGGAGCAGCGCCGCACCGUUCGCGUUCAUCAGUUUCAUGGACCCCCGGGAUGCCGAAGAUGCAGUAUUUGGCCGAAAUGGAUACGAUUUUGGUUCAUGCCGGCUUAGAGUAGAAUUUCCACGCUCAUUCCGUGGCUCUGGUGGUGGUGGCGGAGGAGGAGGUGGUUACGGAGGGUCACGUGGAAGAAAUGGACCACCUUCUCGAAGGUCUGAAUAUAGAGUCCUUGUUUCAGGUCUUCCCCCAUCUGGCAGCUGGCAGGAUCUGAAAGAUCAUAUGCGGGAAGCAGGAGACGUGUGUUACGCUGAUGUACACAAGGAUGGAAUGGGAAUCGUGGAGUUCAUUCGCAAAGAAGACAUGGAAUAUGCAUUGCGGAAGCUGGACGACACAAAAUUUCGGUCUCAUGAAGGUGAAACUUCCUAUAUUCGCGUCUGCCCUGAACGAAAUACCAGCUAUUCUCGAUCCAGGUCUCGUUCCAGAGGGCGUGAUUCCCCAUAUCAGAGCCGCCGCUCACCUCGUUAUGCCUCUCCUUUCCGACCGUACUGAGCUGCCACAGGGACACUUUCUAUGAGUCUAAUUCUUAAGACCAUCUGCUCUUACAUUCCACCACUGAUGGAUUUCAUCAACUGUCUUUUAUAUCAUUAGUUAACCCAAAUUUUUAGCAGUUCCUUGACAUCAGAUGUGUUGGUUUUGUUCCUUUUUUAUUUUUUUUGUAAGAAGGCAGAAGAUAAAAUUGUGCCUAAUCUGAUGUCCUGUGCAUAUUAAAUGCUGCACAGUGAAAAUAGUAGGUAUAAUUGGGAUUAGCAGUGCAGUGGAAUGUUUUGGCACUGGGACAAACACAAGGGAAUAGACAUGCUUGUCCUGCGUUAAGAUCUUCCCCAUCGGUUUGUUAGAAGAAUAUUAUUUCAAAUAACUUUUUAAUCCUCUUCUCAAAUCAAGUUUGUAUGUAUUUUUCCUUUUUAUUAUGAAACUGUUUCAGUUAAAUAAACAGAGCAUCUGUAGCUGUCCAAAUAAACAGAUUUUGGUCAUUGGAUUUUAAA